CAAAGACCCAAAGUCGGGAAUUAUUCCACAUUGCUCUCAUAGUAGCCACAUGCGCCAGUAGGUACUUCUAGCCGCAUAGCAGCCGGGAGCGAGAUAGGAGCGCGCUAGUAAGGACAGAAAUAUCCAAUCCCAUCGCGAGGAGCUUAUUUUUAGUGGUUGGUGUCGGCGGAUAACUGUCGCCGCUUUCUUUACUUGCUCGUCGAAGUUUUGCGUCCGACCUGGCAUUUCUUAUUCCUGGAGUGGUGACAUGUAGACUUUGGCUAGACUCUCGACUUUGGAAUUACUCAGAGUUGAACCAAAUUUGAAGACGUCAAUAGGCUGAUUUAUGCUCUCUUGCGAGUUGCUUUUAGGAUGCCGUUGGCCUGUGCUGCGACAUUGGAUCUCUCUUGUCUGGGCCAUUGGCUGCAGAUGGCAAAGCAACUUUGCAGCGUCUAAUGAUUAUUGUUAUUAUUCCAUAUUCGGGUGCAGAAACAUGACUCUCGUUGAUUUGAUGCGCACAGCCAGUGCUGGUCUGUGGAGAUGUUUCUCGAAGCCGCUGCCGUCGACGUGGCGUCUGUGGACUCGAGCUGCGCUAACAAGAUAUUUGAGUACCUAUGGAACCACGAGGUAACGCCAUUGAGAAUGCUUUGUCCUACCUGCCGCCAAGCGAGCGGCCGUAGGAAGCCACGAUCAAAGGAUUGAAGCUCGGUUGCCUGGCAGGGAGUUGAGCCUCUGGAAGGAUCUUUGGAGAUACAGAGACGAAAUAGAAACAACCGAGUAAGACUGGCUACUGUCAGGUUGAAAAUGUAAGUGGACACGACUCAAGACAAGAUGGUAAGGCGUGCCGCGUGUCGUGUGUGGAGGGGCCGGGGGGAGGUCCUAGAUCUGAUCUGACUGUGUGGGUUGAUACACCCUACGCCUGCAUUGAAAUAUCGAUAGGUAGGAGCAAUCCUGAAGGGCCACGAAGGUUUUGUGCAUAAUGUGCAGCUCGUGGCUCUAGUCUGACCCUGGCUUCCUCCUCCUAGCUCGUAAUAAUGGCUUUCUUGUUGUCUGGGGUGGGUUCUGAUCUGUGUUUCUUGCACCUCUCUUUCCGAGACAAGGUGAGCUGGAGGAAGCUUGGCUAGCUGUCGUGAUGGUGUCGAGCAUGGGUCAGAUCGCUACAGAGUCCAGAUAAGCCCUGGAUAAGCAAGGAGGAGGCUGAGUGAGGAGAUACGGUAAUGCAUAGGUCUGAUACAUUACUGGCGGAUGGUUUGUUGUUGUUGUUAUUGGGUGAAGUCGUCGUUGUG